AGAUUAAAAUGGCUUCCAGAGGAAAGACAGAAACCAGCAAAUUAAAGCAGAAUUUGGAAGAACAGUUGGAUAGACUAAUGCAGCAAUUACAAGAUCUGGAGGAAUGCAGAGAGGAACUUGAUACAGAGGAAUAUGAAGAAACCAAAAAGGAAACAUUGGAGCAACUAAGUGAAUUUAAUGAUUCACUGAAGAAAAUUAUGUCUGGAAAUAUGACUUUGGCAGAUGAACUAAGUGGAAUGCAACUGGCUAUUCAGGCAGCGAUCAGCCAGGCCUUUAAAACUCCAGAAGUCAUCAGGUUGUUUGCAAAGAAACAACCAGGUCAACUUCGGACAAGGUUAGCAGAGAUGGAUAGAGAUCUGAUGGUGGGAAAGCUCGAAAGACACCUUUAUACUCAACAGAAGGUGGAAAUAUUAACAACUCUCAGGAAACUUGGAGAAAAGCUGACUGCAGAUGAUGAGGCCUUCUUGUCAGCAAAUGCAGGUGCUAUACUCAGCCAGUUUGAGAAAGUCUCUACAGAUCUUGGCUCUGGAGACAAAGUCCUUGCUUUAGCAAGUUUUGACGUUGAAAAAACAAAAAAAUGA